AUGACCAGUUUAGCAGAUUUAAAUUUAAAAAAAAUGAAUUCUUGCAUUCAACGUAAUUGUGCCUUUGAUACAAUAGAACCAAAGUGCUCCAACAAAAGAAUAACAUGUUUAGAUAAUAAGAGAUACAGAUUUUGUUUUCGUACCAGUAAGUCAGUUAUAGAGUAUGGGAACAUAAAAUAUUGUCCAAAAUCUACGACGUGCUGCGAAGAUACAGGAACAUCACCGUGUAUUAAACAAGACAAUAAUGAGACGAAUGUAACGUUCCAAAUGAUAACUCCAGAUUACGAAAUUACCAAGGCAACUGAAACUACCUUAAAGAAUCAAAGUAGUACUGCUGUUAACAUAACUCCCUUUAUUCAACAAUAUGAGACAUUUAUUACGACACCAACCCAGGCCGAAGCAUUAUUGACUACUAAGUCUACAACAGAGCAAAACACAAAGUUAACUACAAAACCAACAACUGAGAGGAUUUUACAAAUAAAACACAAAAAGAAACCAAACAAAACUAAAAAUAAAGCUCAAAAGUCCAAAAGAAAAACGCUAUUGACCAAAGUUAAGAUGUAUUUAAAUAAAUUGCAGAAAAAAAUUAAUAAAAAGAAAAAGCAUAAGAAAACUAAGAACUCCUCUACACCCAAUUAUAUACAAGCAGUACAACAAGUUUCAACAUCAGAUAUAAAUCUUUUUACAAAGCAACACAUAAAUGUUAGGAAGAAACCAGUACGAAAAUUACCAACAAAACACCCUUUAAGAAAAGUAACCCAGAAAAUUAAAAAGAAAGCUGCAACAAAACCAUUUCCAACAAAAAGUACGAAUUCUAAACUUAACAAAAUAAAAUUGCAUCGCCACCAGAUAAGUUUAUAUACUAGAACAAAUGAUAUUUUACUACCAGUUACAGAGCACUUGCCUGAAGAAGAUGGUUGGAAUAAUCUAUAUACAACGAAUACCAUAAAAGUCGUUAAUAAAGUUACCGAUAAGUCUAAAGUUAAAAUAAUUAAAAAUAAACCAGUUAAAACGUCGAGUAUUAAAGAUAACUUAGAUUUAAGUAAUCACAUUUUUACCAGCGUUACAGAUAGUUCUACAAUUUCUACAAUAACAGAUAGCCCUUCAACAUCUUUGUACAUCCAGACUUCAUCCCCUUGGAUCUUUACAAACUUUAAAAUGCCAUCCACGACACGUUCAACAGUACCACCACAAUUAUCAGCUUGCUCCAUGCCUACAAAAUUUCGUGGUGCUAAGUGUAACGAAUAUUACGAAUGUGUGAAAAUAAUGUGGACAAAUAGAUUGAUGUUAUUUAGGUGCAAAUCAAGAGAGAGUUUUGACCCAGAAACAUUAAAUUGUAUACCAAAUACAAAUUGUUAUUAA